AUGGCGGCGUUGAAGGACCUGAGAUUCAACGAGGAUGAAGAUGGUGAGCUACCGGAGCUGCUGACUGGCCAGGAAGACGAUUUGCAACAGAUUCUGAGCCGUGUGAGGACCGAUGGAGGCGUGAACAUUGUCAGCGAGGAUAAGAUAAGCAGGUCGAACCUGCAGGGUGGAGUAGAAGGGUUGGGAAAGCGUGGGAAGAUCCCAGUUACGAUAAUUACAGGCUACUUGGGGUCCGGGAAGUCUACUCUGUUGGAAAUGAUCGCUUUGAAGGGCAGCGACAGGAAAAUCGCUGUUAUCCUCAAUGAGUUUGGACAGUCGAGCGAGAUUGAGAAGGCAAUGACCAUUCGGAACGGCGGUGCGUCGUACGAGGAGUGGUUGGACCUCGGUAACGGCUGUUUAUGCUGCUCUCUGCAGAACGUAGGCGUCAAGGCAAUCGAGAACAUGAUCGAGAGAUCGCCGGGCAGGAUCGACUACAUUCUGUUGGAGACCUCCGGUAUAGCUGAUCCAGCGCCGAUUUCAAAGAUGUUUUGGCAGGACGAAGGGCUGAACAGCAACGUGUAUAUCGAUGGUAUUGUUACCGUGUUGGACUGCGAGCAUAUCGCCCGAUGUCUGGAUGACAAACCUGAGUCUGAGUGGCACGGAAGCACCGUUGUCCUGGAGGAUAAUUUGACGAUUGCCCAUUACCAAAUCGCAAUGGCCGAUAGAAUUGUCAUGAACAAGUUCGACAAGGUCGAGGGGGACUUGGAGCGGAUAACAGAGCUUGAGGAGCGGGUUCGAGGUAUAAACGCAGAAGCACCGCUCUUCUAUGCGAAAUUUGGGGACCUGCCAUUGGAUCAAAUCCUAGAUCUUCAUGCCUUUGAUGCAACGGGUUUUACGAACUCAAGUCUGGCGCAGCAAAGAGCGACCGUGCAUGACCCACGGAUGACCACUGUCACGGUGAACUUCAGGUACUUAAAAGAUGAGCAGGAAUUCGAUCGAUUCCUCAAGGACUUCUUGCAGACUCUCUUAUGGAGGUCAUUUGGCGCUUCGCGGGAGGACGGCAGAAGCAGUCUGGGAACCAAGAUGGACUGGGAGAUCCAGCGAACAAAGGCUCUGAUAUUAAUUGGAAAUCAACGUAAUGCCCAAGCUAAGGUGAUACAAGGAGUGCGGGAUACUUAUGAUGUCUUGCCGGGCACUUUCUCGCCAGAAAUGGCUGGAUGCAAGGUAGUACUUAUUGGCAAGUACCUUGACCAGGAGAGGAUAGCGGAUUUGCUUAACGAAGUACUAGCAUAA